AUGUUGCAAGCAAAGCUCAAGAAAGUGGAGGAGAAGCGAUCCAAGUCAGAUCCACUCCCACCAGGAUGCGCCCCUUAUACUUCCUCAAACCACUUCAAGAUCCAGCCAUCCGGCUCGAAGCCCAAGGCUAAAAGAUGGGAUCAUCGAUUCAGCCUCGAAAGUCUCAAUCAAAUCCCCUCGCCACUGAGAAUGGCGGCGAGGGCCCCUGGCGCGCCAAGAUUGAUCACGCUGGGGACGGCGCGGCCUGCACCGCAGUACUUUCCCUGGGAGACGCUCGACACGACCGCAGAGUGGAAUUAUUCUGGCUCAAAGAACAGUGUUGCAAAUACUACUGCGCUCAUGUCGUGCACACGAGAGGAGGAGGGGUACCCUCUGAAUGUCGCCAUGAAUUACGGCUACUCCGCUGGCUCUCCCCAAGUCCUGCGUUUCGUCACCGAACACAUGGAAUUGAUCCACGACCCGCCUUACGACGACUGGGAGUGCUGCAUGACGUGCGGAACGACUUCUGCUUUUGAAAUCGCGUUCCGACUAUUCUGCAAUCGCGGGGACUAUGUGUUCUUCGAGAACCAUACCUACUCAGGAACCUUGGCCACUGCAAAGGCCCAAGGCUUGAACGUCAUUGCCGUCGACGUGGAUGAAUUUGGCCUCGUCGCCGAAGACCUCGACUCCAAGUUGCGCAACUGGGAUGCCUCCAAGGGACCAAAGCCCUCCCUUCUGUACACAAUCCCCACGGGGCAAAACCCAACUGGCGCGACCCAAAGCCUGGCGCGGCGAAAGGCCAUCUAUCAGGUCGCCGAGGAGCACGAUCUUUACAUCAUCGAAGACGAUCCUUAUUAUUUUAUCCAAUUGGGAGAAGACAACUAUGACACAUCCGCUCCAAAAGUCCCCCAAGCAACCCCCGACGCGCUCUUGGCGCGAUUACCCGUCUCCUACCUCUCUCUGGACGUAUCUGGACGGGUCUUGCGCAUGGAUACCACUUCAAAGAUUUUGGCUCCAGGGCUCCGUUGCGGCUGGGUCACAGGAAGUUCCCAAGUCAUUGCCAAAUUCAUUUCCCAGACGGAAGUUGGCGUGCUGUCGCCCAGCGGGCCGUCGCAACUGAUGGUGUAUAAGCUCUUGGACGAGACUUGGGGCCACGAGGGCUUCAUUUCAUGGUUGAGCUAUCUAUCCUCCGAGUAUCGCGACCGCCGAAACAUUUUGCUCGAGGCCUGCAAUCGCUGCCUUCCGUCAGAGAUAUGCCAGUGGGCUAUUCCCACGACAGGCAUGUUCUUCUGGGUCAAAGUGGCGGUACCGAAACACCCAGCCGCUGGGCAGGAUCGCUCUCCUGAACAACUUCGGCUCUUCCAUUCCGAGGUAGAAGACAGAAUCUUCACUUCCGCCAAUGAGAACGGAGUGCUGGUCAGCAAAGGCAGUUGGUUUGCCGCCAGCAAGGAACAGGAGCCUCAAGUCUGUUUCCGAAUGACCUUCGCGGCCGCCCCUGAGAACGAUCUUACCGAAGCAAUCGAACGAUUUGCGCAGGCUGUGCGAAAAGAGUACCAGCUUGUCUAA